AUGAAUCUAGGAAAAAACCCACGAAAUAAAAAUGUUAGGAUAGUGAAUGCAUUAAGGAGUGGUAAGAUCUUACCUGAUCCUUAUCCCCAAAUAUUAGAAGAAAAAGAAAACGUGGACAAACCAAAACAAAAUCAAAUAGGAGUAGAAGAGGAUUUUAUAGAUUCUACCCAGGAAAUUUCGAAAGAGAGGACGACCAUUCCAUUUCCUAAAGUUCUAGCGCCUAGACAAAGAAAGAAAAAGGAACACAAUGAAGAAAUAAAGAAAAUUUUACAAGAUGUGCAAAUUAGUCUUCCUUUACUCACUACCAUUGAACAUAUUCCUGAAUAUGCUAGAGUUUUGAAAGAAAUGUGUACACCAAAAAGGGCACCUAGAGUAGAAAAAUUAUCUAUUCAUGCUAGUGCAUUAUUAUUAAAUCAAUUACCAUAUAAAUUGAGAGAUACAAGUGCCCCUUUAAUUUCGUGUGAUAUUGGUGGAUUCAUUUUUCAGAAUGCAUUACUUGACACCGGUGCUAGUAUUAAUUUAUUACCUGCAAGUAUUUGUGAUAAAUUUAAUAUUUCUGAUCUUAAACCAUCUACUGUUACCUUACAAUUUGCUGAUAGAUCCAUAAAACAUCCUAAAGGUAUUUUAGAAAAUGUGAUAGUGACAGUUAAAGGGUGUAAAUUUUCAGCUGAUUUUGUAGUGCUGGAAAUAGAUUUUAAUGGACAGUUUUAUGAUAUGCCAAUCAUCCUAGGGAGACCAUUUUUGCAUACAGCAAAGAUGAAUAUUGAUUUUCCCAUAGGUAUUGCGAAAAGUUCAUGUGGAGAUCAAUUAGUAGAAAUUAAAAUUUUUGAGGUACCAAAUGAUCUUAAGAAAUCACAAGUAUAUGAUUGUCAUACCAUAAAUCUUCUAGAUGAUUUUGAUGAUCCAGAUGUUAUUGAUGACUGUGUGCUGAAAGAAUUAGAGGAAAUAGAGAAUAUAAAUUUGGAAGAAAAGAAAGAGGAAGAUCAUCUGAAUUUAGAGUUGAAACCUCUUCCCUCUAGUUUAAAAUAUAUGUUUUUGGAGGAAAAUAAUUCAUUUCCUGUUAUUAUUACAGCUGAUUUGAGUGAUGAACAUGAAGAAGAAUUAUUAGAUGUACUUCGAAAAAAUAAGAAGGCUAUGGGCUGGAAAAUGGACGAUCUAAGGGGCAUUGAUAUGAGUGUAUGCAUGCAUAGUAUAUAUCUAGAGGAGGGGGCCAGAACUAGCAGGGAACCACAACAAAGAUUAAAUCCUAACAUGAUGGAAAUUGUAAAAAAAGAAAUUUUAAAGUGGCUGGCUGCUGAUAUUAUUUAUCCUAUUUCAGAUAGCAAAUGGGUUAGUCCUACACAAGUAGUGCCAAAAAAAUCAGGGAUCACGGUUAUAAAAAAUGAAAAUGGGGAUGAAAUACAAACAAGAUUAACUACCGGUUGGAGGGUUUGCAUUGAUUAUAGAAAAUUAAAUUCAGUUACUAGAAAAGAUCAUUUUCCCCUACCAUUUACUGAUCAAAUUCUAGAAAAAUUAGUUGGAAAAAACUUUUUUUGUUUUCUAGAUGGAUACUCUGGUUAUAAUCAAAUUUAUAUAAACCCUUUAGAUCAAGAAAAAACAACUUUCACUUGUCCAUUUGGUACUUUUGCUUUUAAAUGCAUGCCUUUUGGUCUGUGUAAUGCUCCAGCCACAUUUCAAAGAUGUAUGCUGUCUAUUUUUUCUGAUAUGAUUGGAAAAUGCAUGGAAAUUUUUAUGGACGAUUUUUCUGUUUUUGGUGAAUCAUUUGAUGAAUGCUUAAAUCAUUUACAGCAUGUACUUGAGAAAUGCAUAGAGAAAAAAUUAUUUUUGAGUUGGGAGAAAUCACAUUUUAUGUUUAAAGAGGGAGUUGUGUUGGGUCAUAUUGUGAGUAAAAGGGGUUUAGAGGUGGAUAGAGAAAAAAUUGAUAUUAUAUCUAAAAUGAAACCUCCAAAUUCAGUAAAACAUAUUAGAUCUUUCUUUGGUCAUGCAGGUUAUUACAGAAAAUUUAUUCAAGAUUUUUCAAAAAUUUCUAAACCUCUCACCAUGCUAUUAUCUAAAGAUGUGCCUUUUAAUUUUGAUGAGAAAUGUUUUGAGUCUUUUUCCGAAAUAAAAAGAUUACUUAUUGAGGCACCCAUUUUACAAGCUCCUGAUUGGUCCCUUCCCUUUGAAAUAAUGUGUGAUGCAUCGAAUUAUGUAGUGGAGGCCGUUCUAGGACAAACAAAAGAGUCAAAACCCAUAGUAAUUUCAUAUACUAGUAAAACUAUAUCCGAUGCUCAAUUAAAUUAUACCGCGACUGAAAAAGAGUUGUUAGCUGUAGUAUUUUCGUUAGAAAGGUUUAGAUCAUAUAUUUUGGGAGCUAAAAUUAUUAUUUAUACUGAUCAUGCAGCAUUAAAAUAUCUAUUAAAUAAGAAAGAUGCAAAGCCACGUUUAUUAAGAUGGAUUUUAUUAUUGCAAGAAUUUGACUUAGAAAUAAAAGAUAAAAAAGGUUUCGAGAAUGCUGUUGCUGACCAUCUUUCUAGAUUAAGUGAUACAGGAAUAAAUGCAGCACCUUUACAAGAUGCAUUUCCAGAUGAACAAUUGAUGGCAGCUCAACAUCAACCAUCACCAUGGUAUGCACAUAUUGUUAAUUUUCUGGUUUCUAGAAAAACUCCAGAAUAG